AUGCUGACAGUCACCAUGCCCUCCUCAUCCUCCUCAUCUUCCUCCUCCGGCUCGUCUACCGCCAGCCGCCCCGGCUCCGCCGCGCCCGACUACUGGAUCGAUGGCUCUAACAAGGACACCCUGGCUCACUACUUCGAGCUGGAGUCCGAGCUGGGACGUGGGGCUACAUCCGUUGUCUACAGAUGCAGGCAGAAAGGGACCCAGAAACCUUACGCCGUCAAAAUGUUGAAGAAGACAGUAGACAAGAAAAUUGUCCGCACUGAAAUUGGAGUUCUUCUUCGCCUUUCACAUCCCAACAUUAUAAAACUGAAGGAGAUAUUUGAGACCCCUACAGAAAUCAGUCUUGUUCUGGAACUAGUCACUGGUGGAGAAUUAUUUGACAGGAUUGUUGAAAAGGGGUACUACAGUGAACGAGAUGCUGCAGAUGCUGUCAAACAAAUCCUGGAAGCAGUUUCUUAUCUGCAUGCAAAUGGGAUUGUGCAUCGAGACUUGAAGCCAGAAAAUCUACUCUAUGCAACACCAGCACCAGAUGCACCAUUAAAAAUUGCUGACUUUGGACUUUCCAAGAUUGUGGAAGGUCAUGUGACCAUGAAGACAGUUUGUGGAACUCCAGGGUACUGUGCACCAGAGAUAUUACGGGGAUGUGCCUAUGGCCCUGAGGUGGACAUGUGGUCCCUGGGGAUUAUCACCUACAUCCUACUUUGUGGCUUUGAACCAUUUUAUGAUGAAAGGGGAGAUCAGUAUAUGUUUAAGAGAAUCCUGAGCUGUGAAUAUGACUUUGUGUCCCCCUGGUGGGAUGAUGUGUCUCUAAAUGCCAAGGAUUUAGUUAAAAAGUUGAUUGUUUUAGACCCCAAGAAACGCCUUACGACUCUACAGGCUUUGCAGCACCCAUGGGUCACAGGGAAGGCAAUAAACUUUGCACAUAUGGACAAUGCACAAAAGAAACUUCAAGAAUUCAAUGCCCGGCGUAAACUUAAGGCCGCAGUGAAAGCCGUGGUGGCCUCCACACGCCUCGGCAGCGCCGGCAGUCACAGCACCCAUGAUGGCCACAAGCCUGGCCACAGCCCUGCACCCACCCAGGACACCCAGCCCGUGGAGGAGCCCACUCGGGAAGCAGCAGCAGUGGCUCCAGAAGAGAUGCCUUAG